CGAAGACCGAGUGCCAAGCUUAGAUGUGAAGACCCAUAAUUAAUUCUGAAAAUUUUUCACCACGAGGAUUUUAUUAGACAAAGGUUUAGUACUAGUUUUAACUUUGCUCGUAACAUCUAUUACUUUUUUCGCGUCUGUGUGUACAUUUUACAAAACUGUUUUGCCGGCGUUGAAAACGGGGGGAAAGCUAUGUAUGGGAAUGUGUUAAAUUGCGAAAAUUAUCAAAACAAUGCGAUAACAUGUAUGUAAUGGGUGUUCUUUAAUUUUAAAUCUAUUGAAUUUGAAUUAAAGGAAUGAAGGCCAGCACCAAAAAAAUGAAACACGACGCUACUGCAACACCACCGCACAUGGAGGAUGAGGUUGAGAACGUUGAAUAUUUAGAAGAGUGUGUCACAGAUGACAUCGAAGAGGUCGGUGAAAACUCGGCGGCCCAUCGUUCCGCUGACAUGGAAAUUAUAUUUAAGGACACAUUUUACCCAAAUGCGGUGCAAUGCCUCCUAACACUGUAUCGCCACAAAUACGACCAACAAAUGAAUGACCGACAUGAUGUACAAACUAUGUAUAACAGUAUUUGGGACGAUAUUUCAAAAGAUAUGAGUGAGAGCUAUUUUCAAUUUAAUGCCGAUCAAGUUAAGCAUAAAUUCACACAACUUCGUCAGCAGUACUUUGCUGUAUCGUCUAAAACGGAAGCUGAGAAAUUUGAGUACUUUCAUUACUUCCAUGACAUGUACGGUGAUAAAGUCAUUUCGGUAUUACUGGGUGGCGAUUCUGCACCAGUUCACAACGCCAAUCAGCUUACUCAAUGUAUUUAUCGUGAUAAUCUUCUAUUUGAUGAUACAGAAAUUCAUGAGGCACCAAAUAACCAAAAACAAACUGAUGAGAUUGCUCACAAAGAACAUGAAUUCAUCAACAUGGUGGAGCGCGAGCUUAAAGCAAUGGCUAAUGAAAGUAGCACUGCCAAACUCACAACUGAACCAUUACAUAAUGACACUCCACAAAAGCUUGAACGAGAAGAUUCUAUUGAAGCCGAUAUUUUAACCAAGCAUGCUUCAAAACGCCCUUAUGUUAAUGACACCACUUCACCUCUUUCUGUUACACUUAAGAAGCCAGAAUCUGCUGAGCUAACACAAUCUAAUACUAAUAUGGAAGUUAGCAAUGUUAAUAAAUGUGAAAUGACACUUGCCGAUUACAAUGAGGCUCAACAACGACGACACGAAGAAAAAAUGAAUUUAUUUCGCCAAACCCUGUUAUUGCAAGAGCGUACCAUAGAGGUGCAAAACAAACUUUUAGAGCAGUUGAUAAAACGGGUUUAGUCAUCAUUGAUAUUCAUCAGC